UAUCUGUUUUCUAGCAGAUAUCUCUUUCGAAUGAGUGUGAAAUCAAAGGCGGUUUAGAAACUCUGGUGGAAUCACAGGCUAUAGGAGAGUUAGCUAAUCUGGCGGUAAACAACGUGCUCAAAAGUUCGUAGCUAGCUAUAUUUCUGUAUUUUGAAGAAUUGUCGAUUUGCCCAGUGGUGUCACUUAUCUUAGGCAUCCUGGCUGGGUUUUCAAACAAGAAUGGGUCGGAAAGUAGCUGACUAGCUAACUAAUGUAGACUGAUUUGCCAGCUAGUAGUUAACCCUAGCGGCUAAAUUAUGAUGGACAAAGCCUUCCCUUUAAACAAAUGAUUUAGCUCGCUAGAUGGCGGCAAGAAGCAGUUUUGUUUUAGAAAGAUGGGUUAGCACCGUGUGUUGUUGCUAGCUAGCAGUGGCCCUUAUACCAAAGAUGGUCUCAUGAGCUUAUCUGUGUUUAUGGUGUUUGUUCCAACCCGCUUCACCCAUCAUUAUCGCCACCAACGAGGAUGUGCAACUGCACUGCAGUAUUCACGAACUUCGGACCUGCGCAGGGCCGUUCGCAGUGUUUUGGUCUUCAAUAGUUUCAUAAACCCCGCCCAUUUCUACAAUUUCUCUUUUUAAAAUAUGAUUUUAAACCUAACCACACUGCUAACCGUAUACAUAGUUUUUUGUUAUUGCAAUUUUUGCUAUUUUGUGGCUGUGGAAUCUGACUUUGUUGCUAGAAGCUAGUGGAAACCUAGCUAGUACUUCGGUGGGAGGACAGAGUUUGCAAGUACAAUAUCAGAAUGCAGUUAAUUUGUUAGAAAUUCUAAUAAUAACAGGUUAUUAAGGAUGCCCACAGGUUGAAUAUAAAACAUUCAUAUGAAGAUCUCUAUUGGCAAGUAAACAAUAUUGUAGAAUUGCUGCACUCAUUCAUAUCAUUUUUCGACGUAGAGUACUUCCGUGUAGCCAUGGCCGAUUCUGUAGCAGUAGAGGACCCGAAAUUCACUUUACAAGAGGUUCUUGACACUUUUAAGUCAUGCCUAUCUGAAAACAAAGAAGUAUACCUCGAACAUUAUGUAGCAGGAUGGCUUGGUCUUGUAAGAUUCAUGAACAGCCUGGGGAGUGUGUUCUCCUUCAUCGCCAAGGAUGCUGUCAACAAGAUCCAAAUCCUGAUCAACCAUCUGAACGGUGAGAAUGGGGCCCACUACGUCACCGUCCAGUCUAUGGUCAAAUACGAACUGGACAACCAACUGGUGGAUCUGACUAAGAGAGCCAGCUUCCCCGAGUCCGGCUGCCGCACCCUUCUGAGGCUGCACCGUGCCCUGCGCUGGUUGGAGCUCUUUCUCGAACGGCUGCGCACCAGCACUGAGGAAAGCAAGACCUCUGUCAUGUGCUCUGAAGCCUAUAAUGAGUCCCUCUCCCAACACCAUGCAUGGAUCAUCCGCAAGGCUGCCGGUACAGCUUUCUGGGCUCUCCCAGGGCGUGCUACGUUCUUUGAUGUGAUGAAUGUAGGUACCCCAGAGCAGGUAGUGGCCAUGCUAGGGGAUGCCCUGCCGCUCAUCUCUGAGGUGUACCAAGUGACAGAGAACCUCUAUGCCCAGAACAAUAUACUGGACUUGCCCUAGUAGGCAGGAAGUACUGUAGUAGUGGUUGCCUGGUGGUCCCAGAUCUGUGUGUGUGUCAUCUUGCCAACUCCAAUGGAAUUGUUUAUAAGAGUUGGCAAGACAGCAUAAAUAGAUCUGAGACCACCAGGCUACUGUCGGCCUCGUAGUCCAACCAGCACAUCAAUGCUGGCAAGCCGUGCUGCUCCUUUAUUGUUUCUUGGUGACAAUUUCUGGUGUAUAGAGAUGGGUGUAUUACUGUAUGUACAUUACAUUAUUAUGUAAUAAGGCAGCAUUACCCAUAUAUUUAUUUCUAAUUAGAAUUGUGUAAUGGGAUUUCUAUGGCAUUCAGUGCUGUUUUGUGCAACACAUCUUUUUGCAUUUAAGUCUCUCCUUAAUUUAAGUAUGCAUCAGUUUUUAUCGCUCAAAGUAGGUUUUGUAUUACGGAAACAGUAUGAUUUCAUUGCAAAUGCAACACAAUGAAAUUGGGGAUGGGACUGUGGAUCUGUCUCUGUCCGUUAGUACGUACAUACGUUCGUUCAUCACACGUGAGAUCUCGGACCGCACUGGCCCAAUUUUGACAAAUUGACAGCAAUUUUGUGGAAUGAUGUGUCUUGCCAUAAAAAUCAGGCAUUUACAAAAUUACACUUAUUAUCCAGAUGGCGUGACGAAAGAACUGCAGCCCAUUGUUCAGAUGGGUUAAAUGGAAACUGAAAUCUGGAGACUGACUGUAGGUCUAUAACCUUUCACGUAGUCUUAAUAUUAACUCCUGCAGAAUUAAGCAUUUCUUGAAGUAAACUGAUACAUAAAGUGUACACUUUGAUUCGGGAACAGGAGUGGAGAAAUAUGAUUGAUUUAGUUCAGCAUCUUGAGAGAAUGCAAAUGUGCAGUCUGUAGAGGUGCUAUCUUUAUCAGCGUCAUAAAAGCUGAUAGUAUUUCAACCACAUAAAAUAUACAUCUAAGUCGAAUGUAAAUCUUAUCAGAAACAUGUUGGGUUGUUUUCACAGCUUUCUAUUUCCUUACAACCGGUUAAACUGAUGUCAUUUGGACAUUCUGCACAGAAAAUCUUUCCUAUUUCUUUUGUUGCAUUUUCUCCCAAGUCUCUAAAUGUCUUUGCUCUGUGAAAGAAGCAGAGAUGACAGGGAGAACUUUACCGUUGUCAACUAAAUUUAAGCAAUCAUUUAUACAAUUCUGGUGAGCAAGGGUUUAUUUAGGGUGUGUUCGUAAAUUCACUGGUAGUGCCAGAGUGCGCUCUGGGCGAUCUUAAAUUCAGAGCAUUGUCAGAUAGUUGGUUCACAAAUUCAGAGCGUUUCUCUCUCGGAGCAUUCAGAGUGCACACUGAACACUGGCCGAGAAGUAGGGUCGAUCCGAGCAUUCUGACCUCACAACGGCACCCAAGCUAACUGGCUAAAGUUGGCUAGCUACUUCCAGACACAAAUGACAACACCUCACUCUGACCAUUUUACUCGCCCUAGCAGAGCUGGUUAGGCUGUUUUCAUGUUAUCUAGAGCAUUGGUGACUAACUGUGUUGCUGGCAACAAUUUAAUAACUUUUUGUUUACUGACACCCCUUACAAAAAAAGAUUGCUGCAUAACUGCAGUAUGUUGCGAAUACUGCAUCCAAAAUAACCAUUUUUUUUUAUAACUGCAGUGCAUCUGCAGUUACAGUGCAGUGUAUCUGCACUUACAAUGCAGUAUAACUGCAGUGUAUCUGCAGUUAUUGUGCAAUUACUGCAUCCAAAAUACCACAGUCAACUAGUUACUAUGCUUUUACUGCAGUUUCAAAACUGUAAUCUUUAUUUGGAAGAGACCGAUCAUAUUCAACGGAAGUUGUACAUUCUUAAAUUAAUCAGUUAUUCUGCAUGCAGGCAUACUCAGAGUAGUGCUCUGAAAUCUUAGUAGAUAGCCAGAGUGAAUUUACCAACUCACCCUUAGUGUCCUAGGGCAACAUAUAAUGACAGAAGAGAGGCCUACAUGCAACUUAUCUAAAUAUAGACAAGUUUUUUUCCAUGAGCAUGGCCAUAUUUCUAUUACAGCAUAUUGGAUGACUCUAAUUCAUAUUCCAUUCACCUAGUUCAAUGUAACAGCGAUAGGUUUAGACUACUACAUGAUACUCAAAUUUUCCCUAUACCAUCAUGAGGUUGCUACAACCUAGCCUAUGAAUGAAAGUUUACAACGUAGGUGCACACAGGUCGAGAGACAUAGGGUGUCAUAAUUAGUCCAACAGUUGCAAACAAGAGUUUCUAUUGGACAAAUUCAGGUAUGUUUAUCCCUGUUUGUUCCAUUUGCUUCCAUUUAAGAAACGUUUUCAACAGAAUUGGCUGAAUGAAUACACCCCUGAUAAUGCGUAAACACCGUUCACUUUCAAAACAGCCACGUUGUAUUCCUUCUCGCAUCUCUCCUCCUCUCACCUCUUCCCUUUGUUGUGGACUUCAAUGCACAACACAUCAGCUGUAUGUGACCAGGCGGAAAAAACCUUUCCAAGCCAAACCGCUACACACAGCCUACAUCAUUGUCACCAUAUUAGCUAAAGUAAUGUCAUAGUCUGCAUAGAUAAUAGAACUAACGAGUUAGUAAACCAGCUAGAGUCAUGCAGUAACGCUACAGUGUACGGUCAGUAAGCAGUUACAUCAACGAGGCCCCGGUGGCAAUAAAUUAGUAAUACCAAAAGCUUACAUUGGAAAAACCUUGGAGAAAAAACUACUUGGAGGAGUUCCGUGUGUUAGGUUGGAAAGUCAUAGCCAGCUAGCUAACAUAGCAUCACUCUGUUUGAGCAGGGUGUUUCAGUAGGCUAAACUAGCCAGCUGCAUUUGCUAAGUAAGUGAAACUGAAAGUGGGGAAAAGGAACAAUCUCUAUUUCUCUCUUGCUUCCUCUUAAUGUGUUCAAAACUGUUCCAACUAUUGUCUUUCUCUCUCUGAGUUAACUACUCACCCCAUUGUACACACUGCAGUGCUAGCUGUAGUUUAUGCUUUCAGUACCAGAUUAAUUCUCUGAUCCUUUGAUUGGGUGGACAACAUGUCAGUUCAUGCUGCAAGAGCUCUGAUAGGCUGGUGGACGUUUUGUUUUGCUUUAGAAAUCGGUCAUUUACAAAGUUACACUGAUUGGCCGGGGGGCUGCAUCAUUCGUGGGGAUGACAUGUUUACUGUUGCCUUGUUUAUCGUUUAAAAUAUGUACCACUUAAUCUUACAGUUUUGCAUUUUUUCUGUUGACUAUGAAUGAAAUGAUAAAUUAAACACUGACACCUGAUAAGUCUA